GCACCUGCACGAAUCCAAGAAGUGACGAACAACUCCCCUCCCAGAUGCAACUUCAUCUAUUCCGGAUUUCCUCCCCCAGUUCAUUCAGGUAACUUGAACGACACACGCGUCGCAAAUUCGAGGACCGGGCACGAGUUUCAGUAAGCCCCCGCCUUCUGGUCCUUCUGCCCUGGCGCUUGAGAGACGAGGACUUGCGCUCGUCCCUGGCCAAAUGCCAGCAUCCCUGCGGCAGCGACCCAAAACACCAAGCACACCCUAGAUUUCUCCCACUUCUGUCCGAACCGCCGAACGCUGCAGCCCAUCAUGUCAAACACGGAUUUCCUGGACCGCGCAAUCAAGCAGGUGCGCCAAGCCAUCGACGCCGACAACGCGGCGCAAUAUGAAAAGGCCUACCAACUCUACUACCAGUCCCUGGAGCUGUUCAUGCUGGCGCUUAAGUGGGAAAAGAAUCCCAAGUCCAAGGAGAUGAUACGUGCCAAGACCAGCGAGUACAUGGACCGGGCCGAGAAACUCAAGGCACAUAUCGCGGACUCGGAGGCCAAGCGCAAGAAGCCCGGGAUGGUGGGUGCUAACGGCACAUCAACGGCGGGCACGGGUAAGGGCAAGGAGGCCGGCGAAGACGGGGCCCCUGAGCUGGACGAGGACAGCAAGAAGCUUCGAAACGCGCUCGCAGGAGCGAUUCUACAGGAACGACCCAACAUCAGGUGGGAUGAUGUUGCCGGGCUCGACGGGGCCAAGGAGGCGCUCAAGGAGGCGGUUCUACUGCCCAUCAAGUUUCCGCACCUGUUCCAGGGCAAGCGGCAACCAUGGAAAGGCAUCUUGCUGUACGGCCCUCCCGGCACAGGCAAGAGUUACCUGGCCAAGGCUGUCGCAACGGAAGCGAAAAGUACGUUCUUCAGCGUGAGCAGCUCGGACCUGGUGAGCAAGUGGAUGGGUGAAAGUGAAAGACUAGUCCGGCAGCUUUUCGCCAUGGCGCGUGAGAACAAGCCCUCCAUCAUUUUCAUCGACGAGAUCGACGCGCUGUGCGGUCCGCGCGGCGAAGGCGAGUCGGAAGCCUCCCGAAGGAUAAAGACCGAGAUGCUGGUACAAAUGGACGGCGUGGGCAAGGAUACCAAGGGAGUGCUGAUCCUGGGCGCGACAAACAUACCCUGGCAGCUUGACGCCGCCAUCCGCCGUCGAUUCCAGCGCAGGGUGCACAUCAGCCUGCCCGACCUCGCCGCUCGAACCACCAUGUUCAAGCUCGCCGUGGGUGACACCAAGACGGCGCUGAAACCUGAAGACUUUCGUGAGCUGGCCAAGGCGUCAGAGGGAUACUCCGGCUCCGACAUUAGCAUUGUGGUGCAAGAUGCGUUGAUGCAGCCCGUGCGCAAGAUCCAGCAGGCGACACAUUUCAAAAGGGUAACUGUAGAUGGCAAGGAAAAGCUCACGCCCUGCUCUCCAGGGGAUCCCGACGCAAUAGAAAUGACAUGGGAGAAGUUAGGUACGGAUGAGCUGCUCGAGCCAGUGGUGGAGAAGAAAGAUUUCAUUAGAGCUAUCAAGUCCAGCCGGCCAACUGUUUCCGAAGUGGACCUGAAGAAGAACGAGGAAUGGACCAGGGAGUUUGGCAGCGAAGGGGCAUAGCUCAAACAUUCUGACAAGCUACACCGGCUUGAAAACGAUCAUGUUGUCACCUGGCGGGCCGUGGUCUCAGUAAUUGCAGAAUUCGCGGAGGGAGGAUACCGAUUUGGAAUGUUCACGGAUGGGUUGACUGGCGUCUGGCGUUUGUGUGAGAUCCGUCGUCGGCCCAGCAUAUGGCGCGUGCUUGCUUUGUGCGCCUGGCAGCGUUGGGGAUGAUUUGUAGAAUGACAUCGACGUAUAUGAACAGGAGAGCAUGCCAACUCCAGCCCUUUCAAUGGCACAGCCCCUUUCCAAUCACAUGUGGGCACAUAUCAGCA